CGCAGAUCAGUCCAGCAAAAUGUUUGCUAGCGCGAAUUACAAAAUAUGGUGGGAAAUCUCACGUUCGGUCAAGUGUCGUGCAAUUUUGAGUGAUUUUGGUGCAAUUCGGGGUUAAGAGUGCGCGUCAACUUUAUCCCCAGGUGCAUAAGUAAUUGAGUGAUUUCUGGUGCAGCGAAGAUAUGCGGGCUGACAUGUCAGGCCCAACGCAGAAGUCUGCAGUGACGACCGGACGGAGUCCAUGCGCCGCCAGGAAGAGUCUGCCCAUGUCCGAGAGACAGCAGAUGGCCCUGGUCAUGCAGAUGUGCGCCAGCGACUCAGCCAACACAAACAACCCUUCGUCGAGUCCGCCCCCGGUCCUGUCUCCGAGCGGAGGCGGCAGGGCCCGCAUCAGAAACGAAAGGGGUGAGACGCAGCUCCACUUGGCCGCCAUCAAGGGCGAUAUUGCUCAAACAAAAAGGCUGCUGGCUCGAGGAUCGGACCCCAACAUCGCCGACUUUGCUGGCUGGACGCCACUGCACGAGGCCUGCAACCACGGUCACUUUGAAAUCGCCGAGUGGCUGAUCCGGGCCGCGGCCGAUGUCAACGCUCGCGGGCUGGACGACGAAACUCCGCUGCAUGACGCAACCAGAAACGGACACGCCAAGUUGGUGGAGCUGCUUCUGCAGCACGGCGCCGACCAGCACCUGAAGAACUCGCGCGGCGUCACUCCGAGCGACAUCGCGGGCCCGCAGGUCGCCGAUCUGUUCGCCAAGUACGGCUCGUCCCAGCAGCAGGCACCUGCGGAAAAAACACCUACGGAAGGUGCAACCGCCGUCUCGGAAGAGACCAGCGAAAACGUCCUGAGCCCAGAGGGCAGCAUUUCGACCGCAGGACCAGAGGCAGAGGAGGCAGCAACCACGAGUGUCGCCACUCGCCACCAGCCGACCUCGCGUCGUGCUACCUACAAUCAAACGGUGCCGCGCUCCGCCGGUGGCGCUGCCUGUGAGAUGCGGCGGACACCGUCGUCGCAGAACAAAGUUGACAAGAGCGGCUCGCCCAGGGUGACCCUGCGCCUCCACCAGGUCAAGAACAGGGAUGAUAAGAGGUCCCUGCAGGCCAAAGACGCGGCCAACUACGAAACCAGGCUGCAAUUCAGCAUAAUGGACCAGAAGGCGGAGGACAUCUAUGAGUUCAAGAGCGGCAAGGACGGGUCGCCCAACAGCCCUUCCGAGGCAGACUCUAAGAUCAAGGACAGUGAAAACAUCUCAGCUAACGCCCCGCAACCCACCAGCCCCAAGAAAGAUGAAAAUGAAAAGGAGGCAACCAAAAGGGGUGCUUCCGAGCUGGACCUGAACGACGAUGACGAGAGCAAGCGGAAGCGGCGCAAGGAGGAGAAGGCAGAGGUCAAAGGUCCUGGCAGGUCCACGGGCCGUGCUGUCGACAAGUCUGUCAAACCAGCUGCCGCCAAGGGAGCCGCCGCCUCCAAGGUCUCCAACACCGCCUCCACCGCCCCCGGCGAACGCAAGAGCCCCUCCAACUCGGCCGGAAAUAGUCCGAAGGCCUCGUCCAAGGGUGACAGUGAGAGUGACGGCGACGAUGGCAAACGCGACCCUGGCCCCAAGGUGCCUCCCCUCAAGAUCGUCAUCCCCCAGCAGAGUUCAAGUGAACAGGAACAGGGCACCCGUAACGGCAAGAACGGCAACGGCAGACACCAGGCGCUGCCCUAUGUGGUCACCUCGAGCAGCAACGACUCGGAAGGCGCUGCUUCGGACAAGGUCGAGGUCCAGCCUGUCGGCACCUUGGCCAUCAAGGACGAGAAAAAGGAUGCUGCAACUCUGCAGGAGGAGAGAUCUCAGCGGGUUUUGCGCAGCUCUCACCGCUCCUCAAACAGCCACACUGGUCAGAGUUCCUCUUCCGCCCUCGAUUCCAUGGCCAACAGUCCGAGCCCGUCCAAGUCUGACGACAAAUCCGAGGCUGGCCCCAGCACCGACGUGGUUUCCGUCGAAGUGCAUCCGCGCAAGAGGAAAAUCAAGGCCAGCAAAGAGUCUUCCGUGGAGAGUGUUCCUGAGCCCUCCAAUAGUCAUAGCGACCCCAACCCCACUGAAACUGCCCCUGCCACCAACUGCUACGAGAUGUUCUUGAACAUUCGCAGACAGAUUGACCGGAGAAGAAAAGGCUUAUUUCCUGUUCAACCGAAGCCUCCGCAAGGCUUCAAGGACUACUUGAUGAACAAGUGCACAUAUGUCCUGGCUGGAAAGGCCACUACUCGAGUGAGGAUGCAGCCGCCCCCGCAGACCCUGCCACCUCCAAUGAAGGACCUCUUCGUUGAGCAGGAAAAAGCAAGAUACAGACUGUGUUUGCAGCAUGUGAUAGAGAAAGAAAAGUUGGUGCUCUCUGUGGAGCAGGAGAUUCUGAGGGUGCACGGUCGAGCGGCUCGGGCGUUGGCCAACCAGUCGCUUCCCUUCUCGGUCUGCACCAUUCUUAAGGACGAGGAGGUCUACAAUGUCAUCACACCUGAGCAAGAAGAGAAAGACCGGAACGCCAGGUCAAGAUACAACGGCCGACUCUUCCUUAGCUGGUUACAGGACGUCGACGACAAGUGGGAAAAGAUCAAGGAAAACAUGCUGUUGCGACACCACAAAGAGGCGGACGCCCUGCAGGCCAUCCAGAAGAUGGACUGGGAGUGGAAGCUGAAGGAGCACUCACUGUGCGAAUUGAAAUCGCAGCCGGUGAUCGACAAUACUCACGUACCGCUGGUGCAUGUGUCGGACGACUUUGACUUGCUGCCAGCCUGAGCGGCCACCCAGCUGCUGGUCAGGGAUGAGAGGCUCACUUGCUGGGGAGGUGCAGCUACAGGGUACUCACCAAUUCUCUUCAGUUGGUUAUCAUUCGACUCACCGUUCGUUCAGUUCUCUAUAGAGCUGGCUGUCAAAUCGAUGUCACAUAGCCGAUCUGAUAUACUCGACUUCGGACUUUAAAUCUUGCUUGUUACUUUUUUCUAUUGUCUCAGGUUCGGACGGCUUUUGUAAAAAAAGAGAUUGUUUUUCUCCAUGUGCUGAUCUUAGUGUAUUAUUCACUUUUUUGCCUCAAGCAAUGUACAGAUGGAUGUUUUGAAGCCGGACCUGAAGAAUUUUGAUCCAGUAUUAACAUAAAACGUGCAAUUUUAAACAAAAAGCAAGAGUUUCGGAGUUGAGUGUGGAUUUAAUCACCGUCGUUGCCACAAAUUUGAGAACGAUGUCGCGGAAAUAACCACGUAACUGGCAUUCAAGUCUGUUUAAAUAUCUCUGGAUUUGUCACUUGUGAUACUUUGUUUGGCGUCCAUGUCGACGCCAAAUGAUUUUGUUCGACUGCUAUGAAUACAAUUGUAAACUUCUCAAUAUUCACGAGAUGUAUGAAAUGUAUGAAAAAAAUAAAACAGCAAAAACUAAUUUCAAUCGA